CUGAAGAGGAGUUGCUCAAACUUAUAGAGUCAAAUCGAGCUAGGUUUCCACCUGCAAAUAUAUGUGUAACUGCUUCUGAGGACGAUACCUAAGUCAAUAAAGUAACUAAAUCUUCAGACCACCAGAAGACCAAUACCCAAGCUUUACUCGACAAGAAGUUAGCAUUAAAUUAAAGGAUAAGGCACGCUUUGAAAUGGAAGGCAGGACCAGUCAAAGUACCACAAAUGACAAAACUGAAGAGUUAAAUGAUACUUCAAAAGAUGAUCCACUCAUGCACUGCCUCAGUGAUCCGACACCGGAAGUAUUAAUAAGCGCUGGGAAUAAUGCAAGUAUGAUUAACUGUCAUAAAUCCACACUUUCUCAAUUGAAUAUUGCCUCUCACGGAUCUUUAAAUGUUAGUAAUGAUAAUUCUACAGUUUUUGACUCUCUAACGGCUCCAAAAAAGUCGUCAAGCAACCGUAAACGAAAAAACAGUGAUUCUAAAGAGAACAAAAAAAAAGACAAAAAAGCUAAAAUUGUAAAAAAGAAGAAGAAGAAAAACAAUGACGAUGAAUCAAUAGACAAUGAAGAAAGAUUUACAGAAAUCGCAGGUAUUUCAAAAGAAAGGGAAAGAAUGAAAAAAGGUUCUGAUUUUUCAUCUGAUCCAAUUACAAAAAGACUAACAGAUAUAAAAAAUAUAAUGAAUAAAAGUUUUGCUGACAUUAAAAAAACAUUAGCUCAGAUAGAGAGUAAAUACAGUUCUGAACUUAAGGAAUUAAGAGGCUUGGUUCAAAUUUUGAUAGAUAAUUGGAAUGAAUUUAAAAGUAUGCCAUCUACUUCAUCGUCUCGAGUUUUAGAAGAAAAGACUGGUUUUCCCGAAUCUGGGUUUGUUCGACGAAGCGAUAAUUCUAUACAUCUAGGAGAAGGUAUUUACAUCUCUAAGAAAAUGUAUGAUUCAAUUGCGUCCGAUGCUACUUCCAAUGCUGUUUUUGUGAAAAAAAUUACAAUGACCUAGUAUACUCCUGAAGAAAUAAUAACUUAUAGUGUUAAAGGUGAAAAAUCUAAUAAAAUUAAAAUGACGUCCCGCAAACCUGGACUUGAUCCAACGAUCAGAUUAGCCGUGAAAGGAAUUUUCCGAUAUUAUUUAAGUGCCAGUUAUUGGUAACUGGGAGUUGCGGUCCCGCCAACUGGUGGCUAUAUCUUGAACUAGCGAAAACGGGUCAGUUGAUUAAUGACAUAUGUAAAUUGUAUGUAAACAAAUCCGUUUUUAAAGUCUUAUUAAUUAUUAACUUAAUGAAAGAACAUUGAGUUAAGUUAAAAAUAAAAUUUAAGUUAAAAAUAAAUUUAAAAAAAAUGUUCUUAUCAAUGUGUGAAGUGUUAGAUCAUUUGGACUCUACAACGAAAAGCCGAAACUUUAUUGAAGGCGAGCAAGUCGUUAAUUCUAAUCAUUUAAUCUACACGGGAAUUUUGAAUGAAAAUAAUGAGCAAUACGAAUUAUUAUCUUAUUGUAUUCAAUCAUCUAAUACCCGAGGAGAUCCUCACGAAAUAACUAUACAGUUAUCAAUAAAACUGGUAAGGUUAUUUCCUCAGUAUGCAGCUGUACAGCUGGGUUAAGUGAAAGAUGUAAACAUAGUGCUGGUGUUUUGAUAUUUUGUUCACGUAACGAUUUGACUGGCUUCAAAAUCGUUUCAUCAACAGAUAGAAAAUGUCUUUGGAGUGCACCUCGCAACGCUUGUUUGGAACAAUAUCAUCCGAAGCCUUUGAGUGAACACAGCUGUUUUGAUAUAAAAAAAAAUCAUGAGGAACUAAGUGAUGAUGUCAAGAAGUCGAUCAGAGAAAAACUUUUUUCGAAGAAUUUGAAAUCAGCUUUAUCAGUGCAUGCGUACAAGCGUGAAUGAUUUAUU